AUGACACAUAUCCAUCUGAAAGCGCCACCUCCAGUUCACUCCUCCUUCACCGUGAACCCAGACUGUUGCAACCUCACCCGGCAAGACAAGCACCACUGCAAGGUGCCUCUGCCGCCAACCCACGCCGCGGGCAAACUCGCCCGUGAAGUUUGUUUGAUUUCGCAUAUGUUACUCCUGCUUGUCCGAUUUGGGGUCCAUCAGAUUCUGGUUGGGGUAGUUGUUUUAAGUCGAAUGAUGUGGUCCUCCUUUGGCCUCAUUUCUUGUUUGGAAUUGGUGUUUGAGUCUGAUCAGGGAUAUUGGAUUGUUCUCAAGAUGCUUGCAAUGACAUAUUCUCCUCUAUUUAUUGCUAAUACAUUUGAAGCAAUUAAAAUACCAGCAAGUAUACAAGGCACUGUGGUCUGUGCUGCAAAAGGUCCAAGACCAAGAUAUCCCCGAGUUUGGAAGACUCAUAAAAGAAUUGGGACCAUUUCUAAGGCCGAUAAGCUUGUUAAGUCUAUUAAGGAGCUGUCAAAUGUAAAAGAAGAAGUUUAUGGAGCUCUUGAUGCCUAUGUUGCUUGGGAAUUAGAGUUCCCAUUAAUUACAGUGAAGAAGGCACUCAAGACCCUAGAAUUGGAACAAGAGUGGAAGCGGGUAAUACAGGUAACAAAGUGGAUGUUAAGCAAAGGUCAAGGAAAGACAAUGGGAAGCUAUUUUACAUUAAUUAAUGCUUUAGUACUUGAUGACCGACUUGAGGAAGCUGAAGAAAUUUGGACAAAGUUAUUAAUGCAGUAUAUGGAAAGUUUGCCUCGUAGAUUUUUCGAUAAAAUGAUAUCUAUCUACCAUAAGAGGGGCAUGCAUGAAAAUAUGUUUGAGAUAUUUGCAGACAUGGAAGAGCUUGCUAUGCGACCUAGUAUUUCUACUGUCAAAAUGAUUGGAGAAGUGUUCAAAGAGCUGGGUAUGCUAGACAAAUACCAGAAGUUACAUGCAAAAUAUCCACCACCACAAUGGGAAUAUAGAUACAGCAGAGGAAAACGUAUAAGAGUCAAAGUGCAAGUUCAAUCUAGACAGGCCAACACAUACACCCAAAGGCUUGAGAACGUUGAACCAGACUCGGACUUGAACAAUAAUUAUGGUUCUUCUGAAAAAACUUCAGCGAUAAUUGACGACCGGCAACACAGACAGGAAAAUGAUGUAAUGUCCAUGGAACCUGAGCAAAUUUCAGACAUAAAGGAGAAUUUUAGAUCUGAAGAGACUUCAGAGAUAAUUGAUGACCAGCAACUCAGGCAGGAUGCCGAUGUAACAUUCAUGGAACUUGAACAAAUUUUAGACGACUCAUAUGACAGUAAGGAACAUAUUUUAGAUGUAUAA